AUGACUCUUCAGUUUCUGGCGGGUGUGGCGGUGCUUGGGUGCUUGGUGGCAACAGGGGAGGCCUCAUACGAAGUGGCACCAGGGUAUGUUAGACGAGAACGCGCAGGACUCAUUGAAAUACCGAGUGACGAUGAUGAAGAGCGCAGUAUUGAUCUUGAUCGUGACGAUCUUGCCAUCCAUCUCCAUGUUCCGCCGCUCGAACUAGCGGAUCUUCUUCACCUAGAACCGCAGGAAUGCAAGUACCCCGAGGAUGGUGAAGGUGUCGGCCGGCUGGAGCUGUCUGUCACGAACAAUCCAGGCGUCACUUUCCGUUGCCCCGGGGGACACGAGGAUGAGCUCGAACCACCUGAGCCCACUUUGGCCUACAGGGUAAACAGUGAUGGAAGUUGUGACACCACAGCCUCUAGCGACAUGGACAUUGCUCUUCCGAACGCCAUACUCGAAGAAGCUGUUUCCCACUACGGCCGGGGCUCCUUCUUUCUGCUCAUAAAUGGGCGACCCCUUGACAGCGAGAAGAAAGCAUGCUUUGUUUGCAAAGGGAAGACCGGAAGUAACAAGGGCAAGUCGUGCACGGUGAUUGUAACGGUCCCCAAAGCGUCCUUGCCAAAUUCUUGGGUGUGCGACCCCCUCCUUCCUCCAGGUGGAAACAUGGUGACGUUCCAAGGUGACGGGUCAGAGAAAACGGCUACCGUCCUCUGCCCACCAGGGUAUUCAAAUCUCGACUCACCAGACGAAGACGGCUAUGUAAUGACGGGUCCACAGUGUAUGACCAAAGCAAAGCUGGAAGAUGUCUUGGGGUCGGGCUCUACCAUCAAGACAGUAGAACUUAAGUCCCCACCACGUGGUGUUUCCAAAUCUUAUCAGGUCACCGCUACAUCUUCUUUCGCAAAACCGCGCAUUCUUUGCCUGGCAUGUGAACCUGGGAAGAAUGAACAGGUGUCCUCGUCUGCUCCAAACCGAUGCAUGGUUGAGGCCUUCCUCCCCGCAGCGGCUGCGGAAGUGUCCGAUGGAGACUCUGAUCUGCAAAAAGCAAGGGGUUUGAACUCUCAGGAGCCGCCCUCCGAAACCGGAACGUCUACCGUCACAACGUCUACCGUCACACCGUCUACCGUCACACCGUCUACCGGCGCAACAUCAGAUGAAGUAGUGCUUUCUUGUGCCACAUCCGCUGCCCUUCUUGCCGUCAUGUCUGGGUUAACGGCCGUUGCCAUGUGA